UUUCUUUCCUUUUCACUCUCGCGAGCGCUGCUGCUUUGCUUGAGAGGGUUUUCGGAUUUGAUCACUCCCGCCCCGCGACGCAGUUUGCGUAGCGUAAAUCCACUGGUAACCAUGGCUGAGCGAGGUGGAGAGCGUGGAGGCUUCGGCCGUGGGUUUGGCCGUGGUGAUAGAGGCGACCGAGGCGGCCGCGGAGACAGAGGCAGGGGCGACCGACGCGGUGGACGUCGCGGCGCUAAGCGCGACGAGGAGGAGAAGUGGGUGCCCGUAACUAAGCUCGGAAGGUUGGUGAAGGAGGGGAAGAUCAAGUCCCUUGAGCAGAUCUACCUCUUCUCCCUGCCUAUUAAAGAACACCAGAUUGUGGAGUUUUUCCUGGGGUCUGCAUUGAAAGAUGAGGUCAUGAAGAUCAUGCCCGUGCAGAAGCAGACUCGUGCCGGACAGCGCACCAGGUUCAAAGCUUUUGUUGUCGUCGGUGACAACAAUGGCCAUGUUGGUCUCGGGGUUAAGUGCAGCAAGGAGGUUGCUACCGCUAUAAGAGGUGCCAUCAUCUUGGCCAAGCUCUCUGUCAUCCCUGUCCGCAGAGGAUACUGGGGUAACAAGAUUGGCAAGCCCCACACCGUGCCUUGCAAGGUCACUGGGAAGUGUGGUUCCGUCACUGUCAGGCUGGUCCCCGCCCCCAGGGGUUCUGGAAUCGUCGCUGCACGCGUGCCCAAGAAGGUUUUGCAGUUCGCCGGUAUUGAGGAUGUUUUCACCUCUUCCCGCGGAUCCACCAAGACCCUCGGUAAUUUCGUGAAGGCCACGUUCGAGUGCCUUUUGAAGACCUACGGUUUCUUGACCCCCGACCUAUGGAGAGAAACUCGUUUCUCGAAGUCGCCCUUCCAGGAAUUUACCGACUUUCUUGCGAAGCCCCAUAAGAUUAGCGUUGUUGAGGACGUAGAGAAGACUCCCGUGUAUUGAGAGAUUUGUUUGAGCUUGUAUCCUAAGCGUCCAACUUGAAUGUAGUGCAUUUUGGAAAGUGAAGGAACGGUUUGCAGUACAAUUGUCGGGGUUUUUUCAUGAAAGUUGAGUAGACUUGUUCUAUUUCACCAAUGUUUUUGUCUAAUUCUCUAACGGGUUUUCAUUUUGCCAGUUAACAUGUCCUC